AUGGCUGCAUCGAAUUGCGAUGAAAAACGGCCAAUCUGCUCCCAUUGCACAUCAUCGGAACGGCUAUGCGAAUAUUCCGAUACGACGUUUAAGGUUAUGCAGUCUAGCAGGAUUAGCAGAAAGAGAACAUCCUCCCCAUCGGUAUCUACCGAGUCAUCCAUUUCCAACCUGUCACCAGACUAUUCUGCUUCUAGCCAGUUAGAUGCGUCUGCUAAUAUGCUUCAUGCUGAGCUGUUCUACCAUCUGUUGACAGAAACAUUACCGUCUUUGUGUAAGAGUGGAAACAGCCGAGGGCUUUUACACAAGGAGGUGAUGAACCACGCACUGGCCACUCCAUAUCUGAUGAAUGAGCUCCUGGCUCUCGCUGCCUUACAUCUUAGUAUCAUUCGCGACACCCAGAAAGAGUUCUAUAGACACCAUUCGACGCAGUUACAAAAUCAUGCACUUCGGAUGUUUUAUGAGACCGACCCUCAUGCCAGCAUGGAACCACCGGUACCGGCGUUCAUCUUAUCAUCCAUGCUUGGUAUGCAUCUUCUCUGCGACAUACUGAUAUAUCAAGACCAUGACUUUCAAGCCUUUCUAGACCGGUUCAUCCAUUAUCUUCGUAUCCACCGCGGAGUCCGCACAGUCAUUGGGGGCAAUUGGGAUCAGAUCAAAGAGACAUCACUCAAGCCGAUUCUGAAGGACGCUGAGGCAAGCUUGCAGAAUCAAACGGGAGAUGGAGAGAUGUGCAACCGCCUUCUUGAACUUAUCAAAGCCUCAAAGCUAGGGCCUUCGCUGAAUGAAACCUAUGAGCAAGCGAUCAAGGCUUUGCAAUCGUCAUUCAAUGCUUCACAAUUUGGUGCCAUCGUUGAUAAUAUACAGGGUGCUCUUGCCUGGCCCAUCAUGGUGACUGGGGAGUAUACCGACAUGCUAGUGCACCGUCGGCCGGAAGCGCUUGUUAUUCUAGCACAUUAUGCAGUUAUUCUGUACUCUUGCCGCGAUGCGUGGCUUUUCGGUGAUGGUGGCAAAUUCCUAAUCCGGUCUAUCGAUCGAUAUCUUGGGCCGCAGUGGGCGGACUGGUUGUACUGGCCAAAUCGCGUCUUGGCUGAAUCGACAACCCCAUGUCUCGAUGGCACCUCUUCACUCCCCCAAUAG